AUGGAUGAAAUAUCGAAAACAAACGAAACAAUCUACAAAUUUCGUUUUAAUACUACUAAGAAAACUAUUCAAAUUACACAACAACAACUCAGUCAUUUUCCUUAUUUAUUUGCUCUUGUAAAUCAUACAUAUGAUUUCUCAGUCAAUAAGAACGACGAUGAUGAAUAUAUAUUAGAAUAUCCUAUUUGUUAUAACUGGUUUAUGGCGAUCUUUCAAUCAGUUAUUAAACAACAACCAUCUGCUCUAUUCACUGAAUUAACACACGAAGCAAAUGUAUUACGUGUACUUGAACUCUAUGAUUAUCUAUGUAUUGAUCCAUUACCACUUCCUCUUCUUAAAAAUCAAAAACUUGUUUUGACAAAUCCGAUUGAUCUUGAUGAUACGAACCAACAUAUUGACUGGCGUCGAGCGAAUAUUUGUGAAGUACGUAAUAUAGCUGCUCAAUUUAUCAUUGGUAUUAGUAAAAAUGUCUACAAUUUAAAUGAUUCUGGAACAAGAAAUAGUAUCUUCACAUUACUUAUGGAUAUUUUCUCACAUCCAAAUAUUUUUCAUUCAAGAUUUCGUUAUCAUACAUUGAAAGUUGUGGAAAAAUAUUGUUUUUCGUUAUUUUCUGAUAGUCAACAAAGACAACUGCCAACUACUCAACAAAUUAUACAAAAUAUUAAAAUUGAUUUUGUUAGAUAUUUAGACAAUGAGAAUCAAUCUCUUCCACUAAACUUCUACAGUACUUUUGCUUGGAAAGGUAUUUAUGUAUCGAAAGAUAAAGUUGAUACUGAUUUUCAAAGUAUCCUUGAUAUAUAUUUGCCUAAGAGCAAUAUUGAUUCAGUAUAUUCAACUGAAAUCGAUUUCUUCUUGGAAAACAUUGAACUGGAUUGGGAACAGGCUUCAUACUCAGAUUUCUGCGUGGUAGUAAUUGAACCGAAUUGGGAACGGCGUUCAUACUCAAAUUUCUACGUACGAGGUCGUAUAAGACCAAUUUCACGCCCACAUCUCCGAGAUUUCAUAAAUCUUAUAACAUCACGGAAUGCUAGUCCAUAUGAAGAUGUUGGAAGGUUUCAAUAUGAUCUCCAGAAAGAGGAAGAGCGAAAGAAAAAUGAAGUCCAAUCAGCUCGAUCAGGACGCUUUAAUACAUUACCGAAACGACCAAAAGUUGACAAAUUCAAACAUCGAUCUGGACCAAAAGCUCAAAAACAUCGAUAA